AUGGAGCUAAAUCAAGGAUAUCAACUCGGAGUCGACGUGGGCGGUACCUUUACCGAUGUCUGCGUCUUCACUCCCCAUGGCCAGACGGUCAGAGCCAAAGUGCCGACCACGGUGCAAGACCAGAGUAUUGGCAUCCAACAGGGCAUCGAAAAGGUUCGCCGUCUUCUGCUGAAACAGUUUGGCUGGAAGGGUCGCUUCCAAUUCAUCCACCACGGCACCACCACCGCCACGAAUGCCCUGCUGGAAGGGAAAGGAGCCCGCACUGCGCUCGUCGUCACUGCCGGCCAUAAGGAUAUUCUGGCCCUGCGCCGGUCUCAAAUCCCCGGUGGCCUCGGGGCGUGGUUGUACUAUACGCCUCCAGAGCCGGUUGUCCCUCUCGAACGUGUCGUCCAGUGCACCGAGCGCAUGUCUGUCAAUGGCGAGCAGGUCACGCCCGUUGAUGUUGAAUCGCUGCGACAGAGUUUGAAGAAGCUGGCCCAACAGCACCCUGAAGCUGUGGCGAUCUCUCUGCUCAACUCACAUGCGAACCCCGCCCAUGAGGAGGUUGUUGCACAAGUGACACGCGAAGAGUUGGGGUCUGAUGUCGCCAUCAUCCGUUCAGGCGAUGUGCUGAGAGAGGUUGGGGAAUACGAAAGAACAGUCACAACGUGCGCCAAUGCAGUGGUCCAGCCGGUGGUCCAGAAAUACCUCAGCAAUUUGUCUCACACAUUGGCCGAAGACAGUGAUACUAUCCGAAUCCUUAAGAGCGAUGGCGGACUGACCAGUGUCCAUCUCGCUGGCGAACUGCCCGUCAACAUCCUCAUGUCCGGACCAGCAGGAGGAGCUAAAGGCGUCGCUGAUGCAGUCGCUCGCAGCACGCCAUACAAGAACCUCAUCACUCUCGACAUGGGCGGCACAUCUACAGACUGUGCGUUGAUCUACGAAGGAAAGCCCCGACUACGACGAGAAACAGUGGUCGACCAGCUCUCGGUUCGCUCGCCAGCCGUGGAUAUCAAGACCGUCGGGGCUGGCGGUGGUUCGAUUGCCACGUACAUGGAACUGACGGAAACCCUUCGCGUCGGCCCCGAAAGCGCUGGAGCAACGCCAGGACCAGCGUGUUACGGAAAGGGAGGACAGCAGGCAACUGUUACCGAUGCGCAUCUCGCAUUGGGAUAUCUCCCUCAGACACUGCUGGGUGGUGACUUUGCACUCGAUGUCGAGGCAGCAAAGACAGCCAUCCAGGCUCUCGCAUCGCAAAUGCAGCUGCCCAUCACCCAGACAGCGGAGAACAUCAUCGACAUCAUCAACGAGACCAUCUACGGUGCUGUACGGCUUGUCUCUGUGGAACAAGGAUACGAUCCCCGCGAGUUUGCCCUGGUGGCUUUUGGCGGCGCUGGACCACUGCAUGCCAAUGCUGUUGGAAAGCUGCUCGGCGCAUGGCCAGUCAUUUUGCCUCCAUCUCCAGGUAUCCUGUGCGCCCAGGGCGAUGUCACAACGAAACUGCGCCAUGAACAGUCAGCUUCAUUCAUUCGGACAGCAUCUCGAACAUCAUCGGCAGAAGUGCGCGAGCAGUUCAAUCAUCUGGAAACGGCGUGUCGCGACAUCAUGAACACAUCAUGCAGCGAUUCAUCUUCUACUUGGAACGCCACAUACCAGGCCGACCUGCGAUACAAAGGACAGGCAUUGACCAUCACCAUCGACGUGACCGCAGAUGAGCUGCUUCUUGACACCGAGGCUUGGAACCGGAUGCUCCGCCACAAGUUCGAUGCGCAGCAUCAGCAGCAAUUCACGUACUGUCUGCCCAACUUUGACCUGGAGUUAAUGAGACUUGGUGUCGUCUUGGAGGAUGCAUCUCCGGAUGUGGCCAUUCCGCAGGUGAAGAAGGCGACCCCAGCCAGUCCACCAGCCGAGGCGAUGAUCAACAAGCAGACAAUCACCAUCGAAGGCCAGGAAAGAGAGGCCAUUCUGUGGGAUCGACAAGGAAUCAGCCAGGAGGGAGUUCGCGUGGUCGGACCCUGCAUUGUCAGUGAAAUGGACAGCAACACGCUGAUUCUGCCUGGAUACUAUGGCGAGAUCGACAACAUUGGGAAUAUCAUCAUCCAACCCGUUGAGCAGCAGCCAUCUGUCUCGACCCAGCACACUCCCGACUCAGCAGCCCUUCUCGUCCGUCGCAACCCGCUGAUUCCGACCUUGAUCUCUGCAGCAUUGGCGUCUAUCCGAGGAGAAAUGGAUAAACUGAUGCUGCGAUGCAGUAUGUCGCCUGCAAUUCGCGAACAGCAAGACGAGUUCAACGUCAUCACCAACGCCCAAGGCCAAAUGCUGGUCGGUCAAUUCGGCAGCUUCAUCACUCAGUUCCUGGGCGUUUGGACUGGUACCAUCGAGGAGGGGGACGUGUUCAUCACCAACGACACUUACCUGGUCCAGGGCGCUGUCACGCAUCUGAACGAUAUCAUCGUGCUUCUUCCCAUCUUCUACGACCACAAAUUAAUCGGUUGGGCUUCUCAAUUCGGCCAUUUGACCGAUGUUGGUGGAAUGGUACCUGAAAGCAUGUCGAUCAACGCAACUUCUAUCUUCGACGAAGGAGUGCAGGUUCCCAUCAUCAAGCUCUACUCACAAGGCGUCAUGAAUCACGAUCUGGUCGAUCUUCUCUGUCGCAACUCCCGUCAGCCUGCCUGGUAUCGCUCUGAUCUGACUGCCAUCGUGGCUGCGUGCCGCAUGGCCGCCCGACGUAUCGAUGAGCUGGCCACUCGUUUUGGCUGCGAGGUCUACCUGGCGUCCUGCGCAGAGCUGCUACAUCGCAACCGCACUGCCAUGGCCAAGAUUAUCGAGCGCGAUUUUGACGAUCAAAAGAGCACCUUCACCGAUUACGUUGACGACGACGGACACGGCAACGGACCGUGGGAGCUGACCUGCUCGAUGCAAAAGACCGCUGGCAACCGGCUACUCUUCGACUGGAGCGGAUCCGCACCGCAGAGCGAGCACAGCAUCAACUUCUUUCUCUCCGAGACCAUGUUCAAGAUGUUUGUCGGUUAUUAUCUGAUCGCUGCUGCCGCACCGGGAACAGUCAUCAACGACGGCUUCCACGAUCUCAUCGACGUCGAUAUCCCCGAAGGCAGCGUUCUCAAACCGGUCCGACCGGCGCCCAUCUCGUGUCGGACCCAUUUACUCGGUCGCUCGAUGGAUGUUCUCCAAGCGCUGAUCGGCCAGAAGAAGGACGUCUACCAAGCUGCUGCCGGUUUCAGCGACUCGCCGCAUUUCUUCUAUUCCGGCUUCAAGCCCGACGGCGAGUGGUAUCAACUGUAUCAGAUCGGAUUUGGGGGCGUCCCUGCAAGAAUGGCCGGUGACGGACCCGACUGCCACUGCUUAUUCCCCGCCAUCAAAUCCAUCCCUGCUGAGAGUAUCGAAUUGAACUAUCCGUUGCGGAUCGAAGCCAACGAGACCGUGGCCGACAGUGGCGGGCCGGGCUUCUACCGGGGCGGCAAUGCGCAACGAACGCUCUAUCGCUUCCUGGCUCGCGGGGAAUUCAGUCUUCACGACGAUCGAUGGUUCACCAAGCCCUGGGGACUCAACGGAGGAAAGCCCGGUCAACGCUCGCGCAAGAUCCUGUAUCGCGACUCGAUCCCUGCAGCGAAACGGCCUGCCCCGGAGAUCCUUCCCUCGAAAUGCGAUCAUAUUCGCGUGCAGCCCGGCGAUCUGCUCGAAUGGGUGACCUGGGGCGGUGGUGGACUGGGAGAUCCCUUGACACGGGCAGCAGAAAAAGUGGCACUCGAGGUGCGUCGCCAGCUGGUGACGGUGCAAGGGGCACGCGAGGGAUAUGGAGUGGUGGUCGACCCGCAGGCGUUGACAGUCAGGCAGGAGGAAACCGAGGCACUGCGAAACCGGUUACGGGCCGUCCGGGACUCGGUGGAUUCGUCCAGCAUCUCGUAUGACCGUGGGGGGGACCUGCGGGCCUUGCGAGAUGCCUGUCUGGAGGAGACGGGCCUGGCAGCACCAACGCCGUUGUGGGAGAUGGAGCCCUAUGGACCCCAUGUGGGACUGGAAUAUGUGCAACAGUGGUUUGACAGUCGACGACGAGAUGCGGGAUGGGGGUGGGUUUGA